AAACACUCCCAGACCACAGUCUUGCUUCGUAACUUUAUGAAAAUGCAAUGACUCCCCAAGGUUACGCCGGGGGUGAUAUGAACGAAGACGAUAUCCCACUUUACUGAGAGAUAAUACGCGUCUUACAUCGUCAGCCCAGACAGCCAAUCGGGUGGCAACCGGCGACCAUUCAACUGUCUUACAGUUACUUGUCACAUAGCAAACCUCCCAUUCUUGUGCAUAUCAAACACUGUUUGCGGUUGUUGAGUCCCUGAGACGCGAUCAUGAUUUUAAUACUGCGGACCUCGCCCCUGCGGGUGGCUUCUCGGAAUGUCUUUCUUGGGAUGAGAAAUAUGGGCUCACUCAGCACACAAAACAGGAAAUAUGAAGCUGUGGUAGUUGGAGCAGGACCAGCUGGUCUUGCUGCCGUUGGCAAUCUGCUGGAGCAAAAGAAAGAGCCAAUCCUGUGGGUUGAUGAUCAGUUCCAUGGCGGGCGAUUGGAUAAAUAUUAUAGGGAGGUCCCAAGUAACACGAAAGUUAAUCGAUUCAUGUUAUAUGCAGAAGGAGUCUCUGCAUUUCGAGAAGUGGUGAAGGAGGCAAAAGCACCGAAUGCGUAUACCAUCCUUCAGAAUUUGGACCAAAACAAAACUUGUCACAUUGCCGAAGCAGCAGAUCUUGUGGUCAUGUUGACCAGAGCCCUGAACGAAUCGAAGGGGGUGUACAAACAGUUUGGAAAGGCGUUGCAUGCAACAUGGACAGAAUCCAACAAUUGGAAAGUCGUAGUCAGCCCCCCGGGUGGGAAAUCGACCGGUGAAAGGUUCGACUCCAAAAUGCUUGUUCUCUGCACCGGUUCCCAUCCCAUCACUGGGCUUCUCCCCGUUACAGGUAUUGAGGAAAUCGGGCUCGACCCAGCACUCAACCCGCCAUUACUCUCUACCAUGAUCCCAAAAGACACACCAUCAACAAUAGCCGUCAUCGGCGCCUCCCACAGCGCCAUCCUCGUCCUUCGUAACCUCUAUAACCUAGCUAGUACAAGCCAUGCUCAACUCCGUAUAAAGUGGUUCACACGCCACCCUUUGCGGUACGCAGAAGAGCGAGACGGGUGGAUAUUCCGCGACAACACGGGUCUGAAAGGUGACGUCGCACUCUGGGCGAAGGAGAAUCUCGAAGAGGAUGUCCUCCCCUCUUCCGACGUGUCAAAAUACUUGGAAAAAAUCUCAACAACGAGAGAGAAAGAGCAAGAUGAUUAUAAGAAACACUUACCGACGUGUACGAAUGUUGUGCAAGCGAUAGGGUUCAAAAAGAAUGCGGUCCCGCUGCUGAAGAAUGGAGAAAAGGAUUUGAACAUGGAGUUUGAUCCGUUGUCUGGUGGGUUUAGAGAUGAGAAGGGAGUGGAGGUUAGGGGGUUGUAUGGGGCGGGAAUCGCGUGGCCGAACAGGGUUACGGAUCCUGAGGGGAAUGUCGAGUAUGCGGUUGGCUUGGGGAAGUUUAUGAUUUUCUUGAAGGAUGUGGUGCCGAAGUGGAAGUCUUAGAGGGUUAGGGAAUCAUUAGAUGAAUUGGUAGUAUUUUCCGAAAGCAAAGAAGCAUGCAUGCAUUGGCAUUUGAAACUUGAUAUUGCAUUGUCAUAGCUAUUAGCAUCUUAAAUUAUUUAGAUUGAAUUCUCAAGAAGUU